GUAUUUGUCAAUGUUUUGGACAAGUGAUUCAAAACAGAUUCUGGCCUCCAAGGUUAACAUUUCGGAAUAAAGUCGUCAAGAUUAGUGCAAGGACUGCAGUUUUCAUUGGGACCAAAUAUUUGUGUAAUGCAAUGUUUGUUAACUUUGCAGUUGAUACCAGAUGAUGAGCUGUGUAAGGAAAAAAAUAGUUCAAGAAAUGAUAUCCUCUGAGGAGGCUUAUCUGAAACAGUUACAUACCCUAGACAAGUAUUUUGUGAAACCGUCGUUAGAGAAAGCAUCUGUCCCAUUGCAUAUUCAUGCCAUGAUUUUUGGACAACUACAACCUAUUAGAGAAAUGAACACAGAACUGUUCAAAUCGCUAAGUGUUGAAGAUGGCAACAUUGGCACAGCCUUCCUCAAGAUGGCACCCUUCCUGAAGGUGUAUGCAUCAUAUGCAAAGAAUUAUCAGCAGGCAAUCAAUAUACUAGUGGAUUAUGAAAGGAAGACCUCAAAAUUCAAGGCCUGGUUAACGACACAAGAAUCAAGACCUGAAGUUCAGACAAAGCUGCCUUCUCUCCUCAUUACUCCAAUACAAAGAAUCCCUCGUUACCGGUUGCUGCUAGAGCAGCUCUUGAAACACACUCCAAAAGAUCAUCCCCAUUAUGGAAAUAUUGUCCAAGCUAGUGAAGCUAUAGAAAAGGUUGCUGGCCACAUAGAAGAGAGCCUCAAGAAGGCCGAGUGUGUACAGCGGAUGAUAAAAUUGCAAGAAGCCAUGAAGAAUGGACAACCUAAUAUCAUCGCUCCUGGACGACAGCUCAUUAGGGAGGGUGUAUUACAAAAAAUAUCUCAGAAAGGGAACUCAUCACAACCGCGCUUGUUUUUCCUCUUCACUGACAUCCUCAUGUACACUAAGUUACCAGCUGCAAAUAUGAAUAGUACUUCCAAUAUAAGUUUCAGUGAGACGACAGAUGUUUACAAACCAAAAUCACUCGAGUGUUGCUGUAUACUUCCACUUCGUCACUGUUGUGUCAUACCAGUGUUUGAUAGUGAUCGCGGCCUCUUUAGGUUGAAAUGUAAAUCAGAAGAUAUGCUGCUAUUCUGCACAGACCAUGGAACAAGCACUGAUUGGGUUCGAGACAUAAAGGAAGCAGUCCAUAGUGCUAUUCAGAGAAGAAAAACUUUAAGAAAGGACUCCAGUGCCCGUAAACCUAUGAGGAAAACUGCUAUUAGAAAAAUGGCUAUACAAGAAAAUACGGAAUUAAUGGCUUUGAAGGCCACUAAACUUGAUGGGACUGAAUCCAUAAAAAUGCUGCAGGUUGACGAACUGAUCUCUUCAGGGUCACCUAAGCGCUUGGCAACACCUGAGAAAAGACCCUGGUCUCCUGGUUCUAUUCUGACUAAGUUUCCCCAAAUACAUGAUUGCCUUACUCCUCCAAAAUCCUGGCGUUCAAGAAAAAGACCGGAUGCUUCAUCCACUAGCAGCGAUGAUGAAGAUCUGGAAAAAAAAGUGAAAAGUCCAAGAAGGGCCUGAUAAUUCUCUAUCAUAUCAUUAUACAAUUUAGGAAACAUUCUUAGCUUUUUUGUUUUAUUUCACUCUGUUCAUUACCCUGUGAAACUGCUGACCUAUACAGUACUUGUCAUUCUAGUCCUUUCAAAGAAAUUUUAUUUAUAUUUUUAUAUCUAUUAUCUUCAUAGUGUCCCUUUUCCUUUUCUUUAUUUCCAUUAUACAGUUAAGAUUAUGCUGAGUUUUAUGUCACAUUGAUGGCCUUACUAUAUAUAUGUGUAUCUUUUUUUAAAGAAAUAAUCUUUUCUACAUUUAGUCUUUGAGACAUUUGUAUGAUUAGAGAAAAUUAUAAAGUCAUGUAGCUAGAAUUUUAUGGUAUGUACAGUGUAUGUAAUUACUAAGAGAAUUUGAGAGGUUGACUCAUUAAACUGAAAUAUUUUUCAUGAAAUGUUAUUACAAUCAUUCUUACUAACAUUUUGUGGUUAUAGGAUGAUCAGAUUAAACAAAAAGAUUACUUACUUUUAUAUAUUAAUGUUUUUUUCUCAUGAGCAUAUGAAUAAUUGAGUCAUUUCUGCAUGUUUGUCUAGCUCCAGAAAUGUAUUCACUGUCUGUUCUUUGAGAAUAGAUGAGAAAUGUGAAAGAAUUCAGAUCUUGUCUUCCAUUCAUAAGAUAGGGCAUUCUGUACAUAACUUUUUUGAAAUACGAGUUCUUUAGACUAAGGAAGGUUGGAGGAGUAUUUUAGUUCAAUCUUGUAGGCUUAAGUUUAUUUUUUUAUUAAGAGUACAAAUAGAGGAUCAGGAGACUGGUAGGGGAUGAAUUUCAAGUUUUGUAAUGUUGGGUGCUAAUAUUUUCUUUUAAGCUAUUUAAACUGUACAGUUGACCUCCAAAUUCAGACAUUUCAAACUUACUUUUUUUUUAUCUGUAAUUAAAUGUAAUAUUUUUGGAUUAUACAUCCAUCUGCAUAAACUUGCAUAUGACUCAUAUAGGGUAUAGAUAUUAAAGAAAACUAAAGGUGUUUAGGGAGGUAUAAAUGCAUGGGCUAUACACGUUUUAAUUUAUCAUUUAAAUAUAUACAUGUAGGAAAAUUUAGAUUAUUAAAAAGGUUACACCCAAGAACAGUUCAAGUUAGGAUAAUUAUUAGCAUAAGCUCUGUAAAGUAGUGAUGUAACAAGAGCUAUGUACAUGAAGCAUACUGGAACAUACUGCAUUAUGUACUGUAAUAGGGGUACAUUGUUUAUUGUAUACCAGCAAAAAUUAUGACAGAAAUAAGCUCGUUACUGAUGUUUUAAAAAAAUUAUUGCGCCAUUGCAGUAUUCUUAUUUGUGUGGAAUGGUGUACAGAAAUUUACUCCAUCAUUACACUGGCCCAAAGCAUGCUGCUACUUAGUCAAUUGUAUUCUGUUACUGUUAAUUUUGUCUUGUCAAAUAUUUUCUAACAAGUGUUUUUUUUUAUGAUAGGGUAUAUAAAAAUUUGCUAAUCCUUACAAUGACCAAAGUUCAUCGCAGGCUACGUGAAUUUAUUUCUUGCCUUUUUCUCCUUAUUACUCUUCAUAUUCUCUUAAAAUUCAUAGGUGUCACAACUUUGUUAUCAUAAUGAACUAUACAUUUUUCCAUGAUAUAAUUCUUUAAACAAGCAUAACACAAGGCAGUAGUUCUUGUAGAGGCAGUAUUUACUACUGUCCAUGGAACUGAACCGUAUUUUUGUAUGACGGUGAGACCGUAAACUUUUUUGCUCCUGAUUUUAGCCAUAGUUAGAAUGAAGGAAAGGCCAAUGGUGUGUGUAGGUGUAGAUGUAUUAUAUAUUACUUGGUAGCUCUAAAGGAAAUUUGAGAAGGAUAAGUUCAGUUUACAGGUACUAUGUCACUGAAACUACCUGUUGUUGUAAGCCAAAUCUAGCCUGACCUAUAGGAGGUCUCCUUGAAUUUUUUCAAGUUCUUGAGGAUUUGUGGAGGCAGGCUAACUGCAGCGAAUUUGGAGGGAUAACUGCAAUGUUUUUUAUUUCCACACGUACAUUACUUUGAAAAAUCUUUACUAAGGAAAUUUUAGAUAAUUAGGUUGUGUUACCUAGUUUUAGUAAU